CAAUCAAGAUCUAUCGAAUGAAAAACAAGAAAUAAUAUAUAUAUAAUUCAACAAUAUAAUGGUGUCUACUAUUACUGCAACUGUUCCCAGCAGGGUGGAGAGGCUAGCAAGCAGCGGCAUCGAACGCAUCCCUAAGGAGUACAUAAGGCCGGAGGAAGAGCGGAGGAGCAUCGGCGACAUUUUCGAGGAGGAAAAGAUCGCCGGAGGGCCACAAGUCCCCACCGUGGACUUGAAAGGGAUCAACUCCGAGGACUUGGAAGUGCGGGAGAAGUGCCGAGAGGAGCUGCGGAAGGCGGCGGUGGACUGGGGCGUGAUGCACCUGGUGAACCACGGGAUAUCGGAGGAGCUCACAGGCCGCGUCAAGGCUGCCGGAGAGGGGUUUUUCGGUCAGCCAAUUGAGGAGAAAGAGAAGUACGCUAAUGACCAGGCGGCGGGGAAUGUCCAGGGCUAUGGUAGUAAGCUGGCAAAUAAUGCCAGUGGGCAGCUUGAGUGGGAGGAUUACUUUUUCCACUGCAUUUUCCCCGAAGAUAAGACUGAUCUCUCCAUUUGGCCUAAAACCCCUUCUGAUUACAUAGAUGCAACAAAGGAAUAUGCAAAGCAACUGAGGGCAUUAGCCACAAAGGUUUUAGCAGUGCUGUCACUAGGGCUAGGGUUAGAGGAAGGAAGGCUGGAGAAGGAAGUGGGAGGGAUGGAAGAGCUUCUUCUGCAAAUGAAGAUAAACUACUACCCAAAAUGCCCUCAGCCGGAGCUAGCCCUGGGCGUGGAAGCUCACACCGACGUCAGCGCCCUCACCUUCAUCCUCCACAACAUGGUCCCCGGCCUGCAGCUCUUCUACGGGGGAAAAUGGGUCACCGCCAAGUGCGUCCCUAACUCCAUCAUCAUGCACGUCGGUGACACCGUCGAGAUUCUCAGCAACGGCAAGUACAAGAGCAUUCUCCACAGAGGGGUUGUGAACAGGGAGAAGGUGAGGGUUUCUUGGGCGGUCUUCUGUGAGCCGCCCAAGGACAAGAUCCUUCUCCAGCCCCUGCCGGAGACCGUGUCAGAGGCGGAGCCGCCGCGCUUCCCGCCCCGCACUUUUGCCCAGCAUAUUAAGCAUAAGCUCUUCAGGCAAAGUGAUCAGGAAGCAGCAGACACGCCCAAACCUGAUAAUGAUGAUCAUCAUCAAUCAAAUUAGCUAGCUUAUUCUUGAUUCAAUUGCAGGUCCUAAACAACUUAGUUUUGAAUUUUGAUUACGACAGCCACUGUUUCUUGUUUAAUUUACGUUAGAGGUUUUUUUUCUUUUUACUGUAAAGUAUGUGUAUGUGUCUUGUAUUAUGUGUUUAUGUGCCUCAUGUUAUGCAAUUUUGUACCUUAGCGUAUGAGUUCUGUACCUUAAAAAGAUUAGUAAUUCUGUACCUUAGCGUAUGAGUUCUGUACCUUAAAAAGAUUAGUAAUUGUGUAAUACAUAAUAUAUUGUGUCUUAUUUGACGAAUUUAUGUCUUCUAUUAUGAAA